UUGCAUAUAUCAUGCAUUGUCACAGCUGAGCAAAACCGAGGGUUCAUGAUAAAGGAACCGACAAUAACUAGAAAUGAAGCUGGAUCAAUGGGGAGUCAUCAACAUUAUGAGACGAAGCAAGAGUCAACUGAGGAUCGUCUAGAGUAUCAUGAGUCGAGGACUAGCAGUAGUGGCUCAAGCAGUGGCUCAGGGAUUCGUGGAUCUCUACCAACUGGACAGUCAGGUCGAUGGCGCUGUAUUAACCAAGACAAUAAUGGUGGUAAAGGAGACGAUUCUAUAGAGAUACCAAACUAUGAGUUCAAUGACAUCAUCAAGGAAGAAUCCAUCGAGGGAUACUCGUCAAAGACCUCUAGUCUAAUAACAUCGCUGACCGAGAUGGUUGAUAAGCAUAAGAAAAGACAAUGGACAGAUGUAAAAACAGGAAAGGUUUCUACAACGGUAACAUCAGAGAAAAUAAAACAGCUAAAAAUGACCCUGAAAAAGUAUGUUGGUCUAAACGUAAGUGAGCUCGUGAACCAUUCGGAUUACGAGAAGAUACUUACGAUGGCUUCACAGUAUGAGGAACUGACUGCAGCUAAGGAAACCUACAUAUGGAGGCUGGCCACAUACGGGACUGUGAUAAAAGAAAGUGUAAAGACCUCUCGGCGAGUGGAAACUGUGCAACAGCGUGUCACAUUUUACCAAAACAUGGUCUCAGAGAGGCAGAAAAGGGUGGAUUCUGAGUUGGAGCUAGUCAAAGAAUUGGCUCAAAAAGGAGACAACUUGGCCGUCCAAAUAUUCGCUAUGAAGAAGGCGGUGUCGAAGCUUGAGGCACGGAAGAAAAAACUUGAAAUUCAAUUCCAGAUGAGUGUUGAGAAUCUAUCAAGCGUUCUAGAAGAAUCGACUCAUGCAUACGAGCAGCAUCGUGUGGUCGUUCGCGAGUGGAAGGAGGUGCAAGCAUCUGAGACUUAUUCGCGUGAGACCGUCCAAACGGCACAUGGUUUAUGGGUUCAGUUUCUCAAAACUAUUACUUGAAACAAAAAUACUUUUUGUGUUGUUCUUUCUCUUUUGAUUUACACGCUUUUUAUCUUAUGUUUUAUGUCUCCUUGU